UGUAUUCGUGUGUGUGUGUGUGCGUGUGAGUGUGUUAUCAUGAAAGGAAGACAUGUUGCGGUACCCAUGGAGGGGUUCGAAGAUGGAAAGGUGAAUGGAGACAGUUUCAACUUAGAAGAAAAAGAUGAAGCUUCUGAAGCCCUCCUUUCUAAACACAAGGGCUCAGAAGAACCUCCAUUACCUGAUACGUUCGAAGUUCUUGGCCACCUGUACCGUUUUGCUACCAAGGGGGAUGUGUUUUUACUCAGUUUUGGAAUUUUGGCAGCCAUAACCCAUGGAGCAAGUUUUCCCAUCUUGGCGCUCCUUUUUGGACGAAUGGUGGAUGGCUUCCUAUCCGUGCAAAAGAAAGCAGAAAACUUAACAACAACCACAGAGAUGAGUGAGCCAGAGCUGGAGACAAUCCCUGGUGAGGCAGAUAGUUUGUGGAAUGACUGGAACGCCUUCACAGCCUUUAGUAGUACUACGGAGAUAACACCACCCUUGGACAAAGCCACAGAGAUUACAGUCGAAACAUUAAGUGACUACGCAGUUUACUACUUUUUCAUCGGACUUGCAGUAUUAGGAGCUGCAUUUAUACAGACCAUGUGUUGGGAGUUGGCUUGUGAGAGACAAGUCCACAGACUCAGAUCUAAGUUCUUCACUCAGAUACUUCGACAAAACAUCGCCUGGCACGAGAUCAACGACGAAGGAAGUCUAACAACCAAACUAUCUGAUGACCUGGAGAGGAUAAGAGAAGGAGUGGGCAGCAAGCUAGGUAUGGUGACACAGUAUCUGACCACGUUUGUUGUGGGGAUGGUGGUCGGACUGUUGGUCAACUGGCAGCUCACUCUAUGUCUUUUGCCAUUCUCUCCAUUCAUCAUAGGCUCCACAGCGUUCUCUGCAAAGCUCGCCACCUGGUCGGCUGCUAGAGAACAAGUGAAGCAUGCCGUGGCGGGAAGUAUUGCCAAUGAAGUCCUCAAUGCAGUUAGAACCAUCGCAGCUUUCAACGGAGAACCUGACGCAAUACGCAGGUAUGAAUUAGCAUUGGAAGAUGGACAUAAUUUGGCAAUGGCCACAUACUACAAGAUUGCCAUAUGCCUAACUAUCAUAAACUUCUGUAAAUACGCACAGUACGGCGUAGCACUGUUUGUCAGUUCACUGUUCAUCAGAGCUGGAUACUGUACUCCAGGCAGUGUGUUUACGGUGUUCCUGAGUGUACUGUCAGGUGCGUUCACUCUGGGAGAUGCGUUCCCGUACUACACUGCGGUAGGUACUGGGCUGGGAGCUGCCUCUACCAUCUUCAGUGUCGUAGAGAGAUCGCCUGAGAUUGACUCUUCUAACAAACACGGCGUGAAACUGCAUCAUGUUGAGGGAAGAAUAUCUUUCCAAGACGUCACCUUCACUUAUCCCUCACGUCCCAACAAACCUAUUUUGAAGCAUUUCAAUCUGGAAAUCCCCCCUGGUAAGACAGUGGCGCUAGUUGGACCAAGCGGAGUUGGAAAAAGUACAGUCAUCGAUCUCUUCCUGAGACUGUACGACUGCAAUGCUGGAGUGGUAAAAUUGGACGGGAAUCCCAUCAAGAACCUGAACUUGUCGUGGUUUCGUAGCCAGAUUGGUGUUGUGCUACAAGAGCCGGUCCUCUUCAGCGUCUCGAUCGCUGAGAACAUCCGCUACGGCCGAGAAAAUGUCACUCAACAAGAUAUUGAGAAGGCUGCGGCCAUGGCGAGUGCUAGCGGAUUCAUCACUAAACUGCCUGAGAAAUACGAAACAAUUGUGGGAGACCGCGGGGCGCAGUUGAGUGUUGGUCAGAAGCAGCGAAUUGCCAUUGCUCGAGCUCUUGUCCGCAACCCAAAAGUCCUUCUGUUGGAUGAAGCAACUUCUGCAUUAGAUUCACAGACUGAGAGUGUAGUCUUGGAAGCAUUAGAUAAGGCUAUGGCAGGAAGAACUACGAUCGUCAUCGCUCAUAGACUUUCCACCAUCAAGAAUGCUGACGUCAUCUAUGUCAUGAAGGACGGAGCUGUACUUGAGAGUGGCAACCACUCUGAUCUGAUGGGUCUACAAGGAACUUACUACAAGAUGGUGUGUGCUCAAAUAUCACCUAUGAGGGAGGCGCAAAGUGCGGAAGACAGUUCAUCUGAUCCCAAACAAGGCAGUUCAGGAUACACCCCAAGAGAUAGGGGUGGGCCUAUCACUGGGCCCGUCAUCCCUACAGCACCUGUCAUCGAGGAUAGCAGCAAGAUAAAGGAUGUGGGAGUGUUCACCCUAGUGCAGCUUAAUAGACCAGAGUGGGGAUGGCUAUUUCUUGGUCUUCUGGCCUGUAUCAUCAAUGGAGCCGUAACUCCUGUUUAUGCCUUCUUCUAUGGAGAAGUGUUUGCGGUAUUUUCUCUACAAGGAGACGAGCUCGUACACACAGCACUGUUGUGGUCUAUAAUGUUCGGAGUCCUCGCUGUUGUUUCAGCUUUAAGUUCUUCCUCCCAGACUAUCAACAUGGAGAUGGCUGCUGAGAAGUUAGUGAUGAGGAUCAGACUACAAGCUUUUACCAACAUCUUGACUCAGCCAAUGGCGUGGUUCGAUUUCAACAAAAACUCUGUUGGCAACCUCAUUACCAGAUUGGAUAGAGACGCUCCUCUCAUCAAAGGGGCUGCAGGUCAGAGAGCAGGCCACGUGAUUGGCUCUUUCGUCAUGAUCGCUCUUGGCAGUCUCAUCGCUUUCAUCUUCAGCUGGCAGCUUGCACUAGUCCUCGUGUUCAUGAUGCCCAUCCUCAUCGCUUGCUCCUACCAAGAAGUCGUAGUCUUGCGAAGCUCACAAUUGAGAGACACUAGACUUAUGGACAAAGCUGGAAAGCUUGCCUCGCAGUGUGUUCAGCACAUUAGAACCGUUCAAAUCCUGGGCUGCGAAGACAGAUUUGUCAAGCUGUACUUGAAGUAUCUUGCACUACCGUUUCAGGAGGGCAAGAAACAAGCUGUUGUGUUUGGAAUAAUCUUUGCUCUGUCACAAGCCACUAUUUACUGGAUGUUUGCCUGUACAUUCCGUCUCGGAGCCCAUCUCGUCAGUACAGGGGAGACUACUGCUAUUGCCACCUGCAGGGUGUUCUUUGCACUGACACUAUGUGCUGCAAUGGUAGGCACAGCUUGUGCAUACGUACAAGACUUCACCAAAGCAAAGAUGGCUGCUGCAAGGAUGUAUCAUCUAAUAGAUCGAAAGUCCGAGAUCGACAGUGGGUCUGAGGAAGGCGAAAAACCAGACAUCAAAGGACAUGUUGUAUUUGAGAGAGUGAGGUUCAGUUAUCCUGUGCGAUCCGAGACAAUAAUCCUGAAAAACCUGACGUUCUCUGUAAAGCCUGGUGAGACAUUAGCACUGGUGGGUGAGUCAGGCUGUGGCAAGAGUACAGUGGUCGCUCUCAUGAUGAGAUUCUACGACCCCUUCAGUGGAACUGUGAUGAUUGAUGACGUUGACAUCAAGAAGAUCCACGUUCCACAUCUCCGCAGCUGCCUAGGUCUAGUGACGCAGGAACCUGCUCUCUUCAACACCAGCAUCAAAGAGAACAUCGCCUUCGGACUGGACACUACCAACCUCACCAACGAGGCUCUCAUGGCCAAGGUUAUCACGGCUGCCACCAUCGCAAAGUGUCACAACUUCAUCACCAAGCUGCCAAAUGACUAUGACACACAUGUGGGUGAGGGAGGACAGCAAUUGUCUGGUGGUGAAAAGCAGAGAAUAGCAAUAGCAAGAGCCAUCAUACGGGACCCCAAGAUACUGCUGUUGGACGAACCCACUUCAGCGUUGGAUUCGGAAAAUGAGAAAGUAGUACAAGAAGCGCUGGACCGAGCGUGUGCCGGACGGACGUGUAUCAUCAUCGCACAUAGACUGACGACCAUCCAGCGAGCGACCACCAUUGUGGUGAUGCAGCAAGGCAAAGUAGUGGACAUUGGCACUCACACGUACCUCAUGCAGAACUGUAAGGUUUAUCAGGACUUGGUGGCCAAACAGGCUGAAUUGGCUACCUCAUAACCUGAUAAUGUAAACCAAUUGUUUCUAAUAUGUUGUUCCCUCCAUUUCUUCUUUGCACACUUUUAAGGCUGUGUUUAAUUGUAUUGUUUAUGUUAAGGUUGAUAAAAAAUUCUGCUAGAUUGGAAACCUGAAUUUAUUGAUGGACUGUGAUACAGUUAAUGUGACUAGAUACAAGACUAGAUAAAAUACGCUUUAGUUCAAAUUUCAAAACAACUUUUUAGAGGAGAGUCGGUGGCUCAGUUGGAUGUGUAGCCAAUGAAUACAUGAGUUAGGUAGUAACAAGACUAGUGUUUGGAAAACUCUUGUACUAAAAUGUUGAAAAAUGCCAAUGGUGUCAAAAUACACAAAUAAAAAAUAAAAAAAAUUGAGUUAUAUAGUUUACACUUGUACUGUACCGGUUCACCCCUUACUUUGCUCGAUAAGUUCCACACACAGUCCCAUGGCCCAUGUGGAUGUGAUUAAAAAAGUCUGCCAACCUCUUUUCGUAAAAACAAAACUUUGCUGGUCCAAAGAACUUUCUAAACCAAUUGUUUGUUACAAAUAAUUUAUUUUUUAUUUAUUUCUUCUAGCACUUUUCUAAAGGCUGUGUUUAGUUGUAUUGUAGUUAAGGUUGGCUAUAUUGUUGAUUAAGAUAAACACAAUUAUGUUGAAAUGCGAAACUGACUUGCAUUUGUUGAUUUAUUGACCAGUGAUAAUUUAAGGACGAGCUCUCCGCUUAGGCGUACAUAAAGGUACCUAUUAUGAAUACACAAUCAAAUUUAUUGGGUUUUUAAUGGACUGUGUACUAUCAAACCUCCUGACGCUCUUUUCUUGUGUAGUUCAUUAUGAAACCACUCCUUCUUCCUUGAACUACACAGUAAUCAAUUGUAUUAAUUCAUGGCAAAUUAUAUAACUAUAUCAUAUCACUGGUAAGUUUUUAAAUAUAAUUGUGUUUUAAAUACCUUUUCCUACAGUCACCCGACAAAGUUGGCUUCCUUGUACUGUUUAUAGUACAGAAAGCUGCUAAUUGCUGCAUAUUUAUACUUUGCCGUACUGUUUAUACUUUGUCGUACGGUUUAUACUUUGCCGCACAUCAGGAUUCCAACAAAACAACACAAAACAGCGUGGUUCUAUUAUGCACGUAAUCCGUGUACGCUUGGAAAUAGGUUGGCAACACUUAAAGAUAAUAAUACUAUGAGCAGCUGAUUGACUAUUAUAACUACGAUUUAACCUGUCAUUUCGUGUUUAUAGUUUCGGUAUUUCUGAACUUUCUGGACUUUUCUUUUAAACGUUUUUAAAACAAUCCUACGAUCUUAAU